GCGGUCGUUGCAGGAGGACUACAACUCCCAGCACGCCCCAGCCGCAAAUUAGCGGAGCUGAGAAUGCUGGGUGCUGUAAUCCAACCGCGGCCAGAGGGAGCCUCCGGUGGGCCACGAUGGGCCGAUAGAGAGCCUCUGUCCGCCCAGAGCGGCAUCCAAAGUGGGCACCGGAAGUUGCGUCAUUCUGUUCCUUUUCCUUCGCUCCAUGGCCCGCGGCUGCUGCGCUAGAGAGGCCCUUUCGUCUCUUCCUCUCGGCCCUUCCUUCCUUUCUCUGUGUGGCGACUCUAUGGUGGUGGGAGGCUGGGCGGGCUCUUCAAGGGCAGAAGCGCGAAGGGAGAGCUCAGCCGGUCGAUCAUGGCUAAAGUGUGGCAGCAUCCGUACCUAAACAUCUUCAAGCAUUUUAAAGUGGAGGAAUGGAAAAGAUCCACCAAAGAUGGAGACGUGACAACCUUUAUGGACAAGACUCUGAGAGGAACCGUGUAUCGUAUCAGUGGCUCGGUUCCUGCCAGUAACUACCUCCAGCUUCCCAAGACCAGCACACAGUCAUUGGGCCUCACUGGUCGCUACCUGUACAUCCUCUUCAAGCCCAUGCCAACCAAAUACUUUGUGGUGCACCUGGACGUUGCCACGGAGGACAGCCAGGUGGUCCGCAUCUCCUUCUCCAACCUCUUUAAAGAGUUCAAGUCGACAGCUACCUGGCUGCAGUUCCCAUUUAUCUGUGGGGCUGCCAAAGGGUCGGUCCACGAGAGCACAGCCAAGGCUUCCAAGCGAGAUCUGGUGGGCCUGGCUCCCACUAACGUGCGCUGGACUUGCCUGGUGCUGGACCUCCGUUACAUUCUCUCCCUCUACUUGAACAGAAGCUACAGCCAUCUGAAGAGUGUCAAGCUCUGUUCCAACUUGCUGGUGAAAAACCUGUUCACUAGCGAUUUGCUUUUUGACCCAGGCCUGAACUACUUUGAGGCCCAGCGUUCCAAAGUGGCGUUACGUGGCAUCUCCCCCAUGCCACGAGAAAUGGCGUUUCCCGUGCCGAAAGGCGAGGAGUGGCACGAUCUCUACGAUUACAUUAGGUUUCCUUCAGAUGGAACUAAGAUGCCGUUUGAUUCUAUUCAAAAAGGCGCUUUGGAUACUGCAGGUGCUCUGGUACAAGACGAUCCUGUUGCCCAGAUUCCAAAGGAAGUCACCCUGAGCAAGCCAGUUCGGGACAGAGUGUCUCUCAUCCAACAAAUUACCAGCCCCAAGGAGGUUCCUCGCCAGUCUCUGCUUCUGACAAAGACCAUUCCCAGGGUUCACCUGACGACCUCCGAACCUCUAUCAAGGGUGCAUCCCGAGGACCAGACCUGUUGGAGGGAAGACCUGCAAGAUGGAGACGAUUCCGGUGAUGACGGGGGCAUUCAUGUUUACGCCCACAAAAAUGGGGAUGUCACUGUCCACACGGUCCGGGUUGAUUCUGAUCAGAAUGUAUACCCAGAAGUGACGGGAGCAAAUGUGAUCUCCACCAAGAAAUCGGCUCGCUGCACGAAGCUGUUACCGGAUCCAAUCUUGAAGCUGAAGAGAAUUAUUGGGUUUGGAGGCUGCAGCACCAGAUGGGCUCUGUGGGCUGCAGAUGGCGCGGUGGUGUAUCCCUGCCAUGCGCUCAUCGUAGCGGUAGAUCUUGACACUGGCAAUCAGAGGUUCUUUGCAGGCCACACGGAUAAGGUGGCGGCACUGGCGUUCAGCGGCAACCGCGCUUUGCUGGCAUCUGCCCAGGCCGGGCAGCUGAGCGUGGUGCGUCUCUGGGACUUUCCAGCGGGCAAGGGCCUCUCCAUGUUUAAAACCGGCAUGCAUUCCGUCUCCUGCCUCAGCUUUUCUUACAACGGAAAUGUCCUGUGUGGCACAGGGAAGGACAAACAUGGGAAAACAGUGGUGAUUGUGUGGAACACUGCCAAGGUGGGUCACGGGGGAGAGGUGGUGAUGCUGGCCAAGGCACACACGGACGUGGACAUCCAGACCUUAAAGAUUGCCUUUUUUGAUGAUACCAGGAUGGUGUCGUGUGGCCGAGACAACGUGAGGCUCUGGAGGGUCCGGAGUGGGGCAUUGCGCUCCUGCCCAGUGAAUCUGGGCGAAUACCGCUCUCUGGAGUUCACCGACCUGGCCUUUGAGGCGAGCCAUUGCCCUGAGCGUGAGCUGGAAGACCGGACCCUGUUUGUUUGCAGCAGCAGUGGUCACGUUUUGGAAAUCGACUAUAAGAAUGUCGCCGUCAGCAAUGCCCGGCGCCUCCUCCCAUCCGAGGUCCAGCACUCUCACCGGCGGGAGAAGCAAACCUUUAACUCAGGCCCUGGGAUAGCACUCAACAGCAUCUGCCUCUCUUCAAGUUUCUGUGCCACGGCCUCUGAAGAUGGCUACGUACGCCUGUGGCCACUGGACUUCUCCGAAGUCUUCUUGGAGGCAGAGCACAACAACCCAGUGAGUUCGGUCCUCAUCAGCCCAGAUAAUCUGAAGGUUUUGUGCACGACGGCCAGUGGAAGCGUGGGCUGUCUGGACAUCCAGUCUCGGGAUUACAGCACGGUCAUGCGCUCCCACAUGGGUUCUGUGCUGGCGUUCUCUGUGGAGGGAUUCCAGAAGCAGCUAGUGACUGUGUCUCAGGAUAACACUAUUCGUGUCUGGAACUUUGAGUCUAUGCAACAGCUGUAUGAAUUCACUGCCUCGGACGAAAUGCCACGCACUGUGGCUUUUCACCCCUCGCAACAGAUCUUUGCUUGUGGCUUCGAUACCGGCGUGGUGAGGACCAUCAGCUUAGCUGCCUCAAAGCUGCUUGAGGAACACAAGCAACACCACGACUCAAUCACGGGGCUGAUCUUCUCCCCAGACGGCAAUUUCAUGUACAGUUGCUGCGCUCGUGGGACCCUGGCUCUUUAUAAUUGUGCUGUCCAGAAAAGUCACAUCGUCCGAGUUCUGGCGAAUGUGGUGGUACAAGAUGCUGACCACGGGCCCGAUGCCUUGUCGAUCAGCGCCGACGGACAUCUCCUGGCCUUCGUGGGACCUUCCGAGUACAUUGUGACUCUGAUGGAUGCCAGAUCCCUAGAUGAACUACUGAGAAUCAAUGUGGGCAUUUUGGACUUGGACAGCACCUCUCUGGAUACGGCCAUGAGACUUUGCUUUGCCCCCUUUCCUCUCAACCACCUCCUGGUGUCAACCUCCUCCAGCAAGGUCCUUGUUCUUGACAGCAAGUCUGGACGUUUGAUCAGGACGAUCUCACAAGCGCACAAGCAGCCUUGUUCUUCUUUGGCCCUGAGUCCGGACGCCCGGUAUCUCCUGACCACAGGCGACAGGGUCCUGAAGGUGUGGGAUUUUGGGAUGAGAUUUGACGUCAACUCCCAGGUGUUCAUUGGCCAUUCUGAACCAAUCCAGCAAGUGAAGUUCUCCCCCAACCAACAGCUGGUCAUCAGUGUUGGCGAUGCCAUCUUUCUGUGGGAUUUCCUAGGUGUGCGCGCAGAGGAGACCUCCAAGGAUGAAAUCCAUUCAUCCAUCAUAGAGGAUUCCCGGAUCCACUCUUCCGCUAUCGAGGCUUUCAGUUCUCCUGAAGAUGAAGCUGACCAAGAAAACUUUGAGGAUUUGAAAGACGGAGCCAAUGACGUUCCCCGCCAGCAGGCUCCUUUGCCCACGAGGGUCUCCCCUACCUGUCUGGACCUCAGUUCUAUCCAGCGAAUGGCCCAUGAGGAUACUUUUUCUGACUUGGAAGCAGAAGAGGAGUUGCAUCCGAAAAGCCAGAGCAGAGAGAGUGGGAAUAGGGACGGUGUCCGUGCCGUGAAGGAGCCAGUCCAGAGCGAAGAGCCUCGGGUCAUGGAGCCUGAAGUUAUUUGGCCCUCUUCUCAGCCCUGCCGCCGUGCAGCAGAUGAAUUCAGAAAGCCAACCAACGGAUCCGAAACCCAAAGCAACGCCCGCCCAGAUUGCUACAGGCAUUUUAACCCCCGUUUCAAAACCUCUGCACCUCCCAAGGCCUUCUUCGCCUCUCCUCCAGCUGGUAACGAGGGCCUCAAACUCAGAACUGUCAUUGGCUACAACGGGAACGGCCGAGGGAAUAUGGUCUGGAAUCCAGAUACAGGCUUCUUUGCCUACAGCUGUGGCUGCCUGCUCAUUGUGGAGGACCUGCACUCUGGAUUCCAGCAGCAUUGGCUGGGCCACCCAGAAGAGAUUUCCACCUUGGCCGUCAGCCACGAUGCCCAGGUCCUCGCCUCUGCCUCCGGCCAGGGCUACAGAUACUCACGCUGCCAGAUCCGCAUCUGGAACAUCUCGAGUGGGACCUGUCAAAAGGUUCUGUCCCAUCACGAGACUCAAGUGCAGGCCAUGGCGUACUCUCGGGACGAUGGCCUUCUCGCCACGCUAGGGGACUACGCUGACCGGACCAUUGCCCUGUGGAACGCUCAGACCUACGAACUGAUGUCCUCCACCCGACUGUCUGAGCCUGUCCAUGAAGUCGCCUUCAGCCCCCUUGCAGUGGGACACCUGGCCUGCGUUGGGUGGGGAGCCAUGACGUUUUGGCUGACGGAACAGCAGGGAGCUGAGAUCAGCCUCAAGGUUCACAGAGUCCCCGUCCCCAACGCCAUUGGUCCCGUGGAGCUGACAUCGUUGUGCUAUAGUUCCGACUGUCUUCUGUACAGCGGGACCAGCACAGGACAGAUCUGUGCUUGGGAUGCAGAGACCAAUCACUGUUUCAUGACUUGGGAGGCCGAUGAGGGGGAGAUUGGUGUAAUUCAGUGUCACGGUAAUCGGCUGGUAAGCGGCAGCAACACCAAGAGAGUCCGACUGUGGUCAGUGGCAGCUGUUCAGGAGCUGAGAGCCCAAGGUUCCAGUGCCAGAUCUAGCUCAGUCCUCUUGGAACAGGAAAUGACCCUGGACGGAACCAUUGUUAGCGCCACCUUUGACCACUGUAUGGACAUGGGAAUUGUUGGCACCACUGCAGGGACGUUGUGGUACAUCAACUGGGCAGACAACACCAGCAUCCGACUGAUCAGCGGGCACAAGAACAAGGUGAAUGAAGUCGCCUUCAGCCCCGAAGAAUCACACUGCGCCACGUGCGGGGACGACGGCAGCGUGCGCGUUUGGUCCCUGGCCAGCAUGGAGCUGGUGGUCCAGUUCCAAGUUCUCAAUCAGAGCUGCUUGUGCCUGGCCUGGGGCCCGCCCCCCGUCUUCCCCAGCGGAGCGGAAAGCCAGCAAAUCAUGGCCGGGUACAGCGACGGCACCAUCCGCGUCUUCAGCAUUUCCCGGACAGAGAUGGAGCUGAAAAUGCAUCCCCACUCGGUCGCGGUGAUGGCCCUUCAGUACUCCGUGGAUGGAGAAAUAAUCCUGUCCGGAGACAAGGACGGGCUGAUCGCUGUGAGCAGCCCCCGGACAGGGAUGACCAUUCGCAUUCUGGCCGACCACCGCUCAGCCCCCAUCAAUGUGAUCCACUGCACAAGGAAACAGCACACGGAACUUGGGGUUGAAGGCGGUGAUCUCUGGUUGGCUGCAAGCGCCGAUCGCCGCGUCAGCGUCUGGGUCUCGGAUUGGCUGAAGGACAGAUGUGAGCUCAUUGAUUGGCUAAGCUUCCCAGCACCUACGGGUCCUGAGGUACCCAACCCUCUGCCUCCCAGCCUGGCAGCCUUUUGCCCUUGGGAUAAAAGCACAAUCGUCUACAUGGGCUUUGGGCUGCAGAAGGAGGUCUUGUUCUACAGCCUGCUGCAGAAACAGGUUGUGGAGAAGGUCCCCCUGCCUUACUUUGCCACGUCGCUGAGUUUGUCUCCUGCUGCCUGCGUCUUGGCUGUUGGCUUCAACGAGCACCUGCUGAGGCUGAUUGACCGCACAGCCAAGACAGAACAGGACUACGCCGGCCACGACGAUGCCGUCGGCCUCUGCCGCUUCACCCCCUCCGGGAGGCGCCUCUUCACAGCUUCCUAUAACGAGAUCCUGGUGUGGGAGGUCCAGAGCACAUGAACCCAGCUCUCUCACUCGCCUGCUCGAAGGAUGCCAGCGUGGUGGCCGCUCGGAACUCCUCACUUUGCCCCGUUUGAGCUCCGAGAACUUCUGGUCGUGCCCAGGAGCUCUGGAGAUGCCCCGUUAGACCCGACACGGGACUGUUCCAUGGCUUUCGAGAAUAUGCUUCCGAUGUUUGGGGUAGAAAUGGCUGAUGGCAACCGACGACGAUGCAGGAGUUGAGGGCCAGCUUUUGCAUGGGGGACAGACGUCUCCUGGCUUGCUUGGUUUCAGACACACCUCUUCUUGAUUCACAGACCCUGGAUUACUUGCCUGGAAAUCACCAUACUGGGGGUGAUCCAGGAUUUGGACUCUUGGCUAGAUUCCCCCUCCCCAAAACUCAGGAUCAUCUUGGCUCAAUAGGGUAACUCUCUUGAUUGGAACUGAGGCAGAGAAGCUAUUUUGAGUGUCCCUCAGAUGUAGGUGUUACUUGACAUUUAUGGGGAUGGUUAGAAGUAUGAUCUUUUCCCCUGAUCCCUGAUAACAAUGCCAGUAGCUAAUUUAUUAGUCUUCCUGGUUUCCCCGGCAUGGACAGGGAGCAUUCUUGGCCACCUUUUCUAAAUGGGAUCACAGGUGGUUUAUUUAGAAAGUCCCCUUCUGGACUGGGUCAUGGCUCUGUCCUCGUGUGGACUUGAGGGUGAGCAAUCCUCAAUCUCGUUGGCUUUUCCAUAGAAGUAUCCCUGACCCCAGGACAGUGACAAAGCCAAGUAACAGAAUCACCCUUUUGGAAUCUCCCUUGAGAAACAGUGCAAGGAACAAGAUUAAACUCUUGUUCUUCAAAAAAAAAACACCCAACCACUUUUCAUUUUGAUAGUUGCAUCUUAGCUAAGUGGUGUUGAGAAUUUGUAAGUCAGAAGAGAUUCCCAGCUCUUUCCCCCCAGUUUGCUGAAUUCUCUCAGCAGCCCAGAUAUGGAAACAAAAUUAACUAUGCUCAGCAGAUACAGGAUGGCCACUCGGACCAGAUCUUGUGAGCACAAAGUUGCCUUUCUGAUUAGAAGCUUUAAUUAAGGAAUAUUUUAUAGUGAAAAAUUGUGUGUUUUUUAAACAAAGAAUGCAUUGGUAGUAGGGUAGAGAGCUGGCAAAAUGGAAACUGGACAUCAACUGAGAGGGAAAUAACUAAUAUUUCCCUCUCAGAAUUAGACUGUAUCAACAACACACACAACUGCAUUGCUUUUGUCAUUUGUAAUUUAUUACAAGCUGGAAGAGAAGAAAACUGGUCUGCUUGUGUUUAAGUUUUGAUUCCUAAUAAAUGAGUGUGUUUUUAUGCA